GCGCUGCCGCCGCCGCCUCCGCUCCGCCCUGGCCUCCCGCUGCCAGGAGCCGGCCUCGCUCGGGGAGCGGAGGCCGCGGGAUGCCGGGGGGGCCGCGGGCGGCCGAAACGGGGCGGUUGCUGCCUCCUCGGGUUCCCCGCUCUCCUUCCCGGCCCUUUCCCGUCCCGCCCGGGCGGGCAAAGUCCUCCGCCAUGAACGGGGAGAGGGGAGGCAGCCGCUCGGCCUUCCCCGGCCUCCCAGGGGAGGUGGUGCUGGAGGAGGCUGCGGGCGUGCGGCUGCGGUGCCGUGAAGGGGACGGCUCCGUGCCGGGCACCUUGGUCUGCACCAACCUCCGCGUCGCCUUCCUGGCCGCCCCCGGGCACGGCGUGCAGCCUCCCGGCUCCGUCGCCCCGCUGCAGAGCGAGCACAACGUGGCCCUGCCUUGCAUCCGCAAGCUGGUGGCAGGCAGCAGCUUCACCAAGGCCAAGGUGCUGACGGCCGCCUCCACCCUCAAGUUCAUCCCCGAGGAGCUGCUGAUUUUCUGCCGGGAUUUCCGCCUGCUGCGCUUCCACUUCCACGAGAACGGGCUGGCACCCCAGGCGUACCGGUUGGCCAACGCCAUCGCCAAGGCGCGGGAGACGGCCACGUGGCCAUGGGACAGCGGGGACAGCAGCUCCUGGGCAGAAACCAAGCCGGAGGAGGAGGAGGAGGAUGAAGAAGAGGAGGAGGAGGAGGAGGGUGAUGAUGAGGAAGGCUCGGCCCCCACCCUGCUCUUCGAGAGCCUCCCCGACUGGGAGAAGGAGCUGAAGCGCCAGGGCGCUGCGGGCUGGAGGGUGAGCGCCAUCAACGAGCGCUUCGACAUGGCCCCCAGCCUGCCCCGCUACCUGUGGGUGCCCAGCGGGCUCCUGGACCACGACCUGAAGCGGACGUUCGCCCACUUCGAGGAGCGCCGCGUGCCCCGGCUGUGCUGGCACCACCCGGGCGGCAGCGACCUGCUGAGAUCCGCCGGCUUCCACGCGGCUUCGGAGCCGGGCAGCGAGGACGUGAGGUGCCUGGAGGCGCUGCUGCGUGCUGGCCACGGGCCGUGCGUGCUGGCCGACACCGCCGAGCUGCCCACCCUGGCCGACAUCCAACUCGCCCACCUCAAGCUGUGGGCGCUCUGCCUGCACGGCGCGGCGCCCGAGGAGAAGUGGCUGUCGGCGCUGGAGGCGACGCGCUGGCUGGACCACGUGCGCGCCUGCUUGAGGAAAGCCGUGGAGGUGGCAUCGCUGCUGGCGGGGCGCCGCUGCUGCGUCCUCCUGCAAGAACCUUCCGACCGCGACCUCAACUGCCUGCUGGCCUCCCUGGUGCAGCUCCUGGCCGACCCCCACGCCCGGACCCUCCCCGGUUUCCAGAGCCUGGUGCAGCGCGAGUGGGUCGCCGCCGGCCACCCCUUUCCCCGCCGCCUCGGGCUGCGGCGCGGCAACCCCCGGGAGGAGGCGCCGGUGUUCCCGUUGUUCCUGGACUGCACGUGGCAGUUGGUGCGCCAGUUCCCGGCGGCUUUCGGCUUCACCGAGGCGUUCCUGCUGGCCCUACACGACGGCGCCUUCCAGCCCUACUGCGGCACCUUCCUCUUCACCUGCCAGCGCCAACGGGGCCGCGGCGGCCCGCAGCAGCCCCGCGGCCAGACCUACACGCCGGUGAACGGCUGCUGGGACCCCCCCGCAGGCAGCCGCCUGCCCCCAGUUUGGGACUGGGCGCUGCGCUACAGCCCCCAGCAGCGGGCGAGAUUUCGGAACCCGGCGGGGGGGGGCGGCACCCUGAGCCCCCAAAACACCGGGGACCCCGAAACCACGGCCACGCCCCCCGAUUCCUGGCCAGGCGGGGGGGCCGGGAGGUGUUGGCGUUGGCCAAGGGCUCGCUGUGCCCCCAGCCCCUCCCGUGGCGCAGCGGCCGCCCCCCCCCCCGGUUGCUGCGCUGGGCCCCCUCCCUGGAGAGCCUCAGCGAACGGGGGGGGGGCUCUGGGGGCAGCCCCAUCCCCGAGCCCCCCCGGGGGCUGCUCCUGCCCUGCGCCGCGGGACCCUCGGUGCGGCUCUGGCGUCGCUGCUACCUGCGGGGCCUGCCCGAAAGUCAGCACGGCCGCUUCGCCCCCUCCCCGGCCGGGCUGGCGGAGGAGCUGACGCUGCUCCAGGACCGCCUCAGCGCCUGGCAAGCCCAGGGACCCCGCACCAGGGCCGCCGGCAGCCCCCUGGCACCGUCGCGAUAAGUCGCGACAGCGGCGGGACAGAGCCGGCCCCUCACGGGGGGGUGACCCCAAGGCUCCCCUAUGGGUUUUUUUUGGGGGGAACAGCCCCCAAAGCGCCUUGUGGCCUCUCUACUGCUGCCUCCCUGCUCCUUGCCGGGGCUCCUGGGGCUUUUUGGGGCUGGGGACAGCUUUUUGGGGCUGUUUUGCAGCGUUUUGGGGCCAGCGCUUGCUUUUUGGGGCCGUCGCAGGCUUUUUGGGGCCAGCGUUUGCUUUUUGGGGCUAACGCAGGCUUUUUGGGGCCAGUUCCUGCCACGCUGCUCCCCGGCUGCUCUGGAAGAGGCUGAGCACCCCAGGGGUGCCGCGGGCACCCCGGCACAGCCGAUUUCCCCUUUUUUUGCCUUAAAAUCCUUGCUACCUCCACGUGCCUCGGGGCUGGGCUAACCACCCCGGGGCCUGCGCCUCCAGCCCCGCCGCGGGGUCGCUUUGCUCCCAGAGGGGCCGAGCUUUGCUGGGGGCCCAGCGCCACGCCCCUGUCGGCGACACACUGUCGCGAUAUGGGAGGGGCGGGGACCCCAGGGCUUGGCUGGGCUGCCGGGGCUGUGAAGAGGAAAAGGGGGCUCUGAGCGCCGGCAGCCCCCGGCCGUGCACUUUUAUCGAGGUUUGUGUCGGGAUCUCGCCCGCACGCGGCGGUUUGCACUUUUUAUCGCGAUUUAUGUCGGGGAGCUCAAUAAAGCGGCUCUGCGGGCA